CCAAGCCCAACGACGCCAUAACGGUGCGAUUACAAGCAACCGCCGCCGCCCGACUGCGACGAAAUUUCUGGGUUCCGAUAAGGUCCUCCUUCAACCAUAUUAAAUUUUAAGCCUAAAGUUUCAUACAGCAGCAAGAUUCCACCCACAACGGAACUGGACAGGGAAGUCGGGAGUGCUUCUCGUGGUCCGGGAGGGAGGGACAAUUGCAGUUCCUCAAACAACCCUUUUAACCGAUGGGUGCCACCUUCUGUGCUUAAACGAGAUGCAUUUCCCCAAGACCACGAUCCUAUUUUUCGUAAGGUUCGUGGCAUCCUCAACAAACUCGCCCCUGAGAAGUUCGACAAAUUAACAGAUGCCAUCCUCCGCAUUGGGCUUGACUCGAGCUUGAUCUUGAAGGGUGUUAUCUUGCUGAUUUUCGAAAAGGCGCUUGACGAGCCGAAGUACAGCUUCCUGUACGCUCAGCUAUGCAAGCGUCUCUCUGAGAGCGCGCCCAACUUCGACCCGCCGGGUGAGCCGUGCACCUUCGUGCGGCUGCUGCUCAACAAGUGCAAGGACGAGUUCGACAACCGCAGCCAUGCCAACCAGGCAUUCGACGACCGCGAUGGUCCGCUGUCGGCGGCGGACGAGGAGCAGCGGCUGCUCGCCAAGGCCAAGAUGCUGGGCAACAUCCGCUUCAUCUGCGAGCUUGGCAAGCUGGGCAUGCUGCACGAGGGUGUGCUGCACUCGUGCAUCCAGCAGCUGCUGGCCAAGAAGAAGCAGCAGCAGGUGCGCGACCUCUCCGAGGACGUGGAGUGCGCCUGUCAGAUAAUGACCACCUGCGGCCGCCGGCUGGACACGGAGCGCGCCAGGCCGCUCAUGAACCAGUACUUUAAGCGGAUGGAACAGCUGGCCGAACAGCCGGAGCUGCCCAACCGCAUCCGGUUCCUGCUGCAGAACACCGCAGAACUGCGCGCCCACAACUGGCAGGUGCGCGCCGUGAACCGGUCGGACGGGCCCCGCACCAUCACCUCGAUCCGGCAGGAGGCGCGCGCGGCCGGCGUGCUGCCGCCGGCGCGCCAGGCGCCGCCGAGCCGCUCGUUCCCGGCGCUGCCGAUGCUGGCGCCGGGCUCCGGCCGCCAGCGCGGCAUGGAGGACGUGUUCGGCAGCCUGCCGGUCGGGUUCAGUACGCUGGGUACCGGGCCCGGCGUGAUCGGCCUGGACGGCAGGAGCAGCGGCGGCCGCCAGCAGGCGCCGCCCGGCCCGCUGCCCUCGCCGCACGCCGCCGCCGCCAACACCAACGGCCGCUACCAGGGCAAACCAUACGCCGGACAGACGGCCGGCGGCUACGGCAAGCCGGCCGCCGGCGCGGCGCACAACAACUUCAACAACGGCGGCGUCAAGGACCUUCCGCCGCGCUUCAAAAGGAUGAUGGCUCCCUCGGGCCCUGAGGACCUAGUGUCGCUGCGGCCGGCCGCCAACUCCAUGGUGCUGAAGCCGCAGGCCCCCUCCAUGGUGCCCAAGAACAUGCCGGCCGCCAACCGUCCGAUCGCCAUGACCAAGAACGAGGCGCCUCCGAUCACCAAGGUGUCCCACGACAAGCCGCGCGCAAAGGCCCGCGCCGCCAGCCGCGAGGAGGUGACUGCGGCCGUGCUGGCCGUGGUCGAGGAGCUGUGGUCGGCCGGCGGCUCUGCCGACGCGCUGGCCACCGCCGUCACCGCCUGGCGCGACGCCAAGGUGGCCGACGGACUGGUGGUGCACGUGCUUCAGCAGCUGCUCAGUCGCGGACUGCAGCGCUCCGAGGAGGAGCGUCUGCAGCUGGUGGAACUGCUGGCCGAGCUGCGGCGCGCCGACACGCUGACGGCGGCCGCCGCCACCGAGCCGUUCCGCCACCUGGUGGACUCGCUGGACGACCAGCUGGAGGCGCUGGAGCGCGCCGCCGGCUGUCUGGCGGCGGCCGUGCGCGCCGGCCUGCUGCCGCUGGCCGAGCUGGCCGCCGCCUGCGAGGGCGGCACCCACUUCCCGCUCUUCUUCAUCGUGCUGCAGCGUCUGAGCGAACAGACUGAGAGCCAGCGGGAGCUCAUCGACCAGCUGGCCAGCACCAAGGCGAGCCUGCUGACGCAGCUGCCGGCCGCCGAGCGCACCAAGGAGCGUCUGGGCGAGGUGCUGGACGAGCGGCAGCUGGCGUUCCUGUGCCCGCUGCUGCGGCUGGCCGGCCAGCUGGUGCGCCAGCUGUCGGCCGACCCGUCAGAGGCCGCCUUCUACAAGUGGAUCCGCGCCAACGUGCCGGCGCAGCUGCAGCAGGAGGGCGACUUUGUGGGCGCCUUGUUCACCAGCGUGCUGCGCUUCAUCACCGAGCAGACUACGCUGGCCGACGGCGUGGACCGCUCCCAGAUGCCGGACAAACAGGCGCAGGAGCGCGAGCGCGAGCUGCUGCAGCGCUUCCGACAGGUGCUGCAGGCGUUUACCCACGACAACGUGCCGCUGCAGGUGUCCGCCACGUACGCCCUUCAGGUGUUCUGCUACCAGCACCAGUUCCCGAAGGGCAUGCUGCUGCGCUGGUUCAACCUGCUCUACGACCUGGAGAUUGUCGAGGAGGAGGCGUUCCUGCGCUGGAAGGAGGACGUCAACGACGAGUACCCCGGCAAGGGCAAGGCGCUGUUCCAGGUGAACCAGUGGCUGACCUGGCUGGAGGAGGCCGAGUCGGACGAGGACGACUCGGACCAGGACUAACCGGACCCGCCCGCUGCUGUCGGCCGGCCGCCGCCCCCUCCGUCUGUCUGUCUCACUGUACCCAUCUCCGACCGGCGGCCGGCCGCCCCCGCUCUGGCAGUCCGUCCUAGUACGGAGGCCAGACGCGGGAUCUGCACACACACAGUACCGUCUCAGUUUUAUCUGCUAAUGAAGCUUGAUUUCCUGUGAGGAAUGUUGGCACAACCAAAUACACUUCCUUCUGGUCA